AGCCUAUCAACCCGAGAGCAAGGACGAAGCCGACCAGAUGGAGACGGGCGGGGUAGAGAUCGCGUUCUUCGAUGUGGAGACGUCGGUGCCGGGCCGCGGAGGCGGCGGCAACGGGUUCUCUCUGCUGGAGUUCGGGGCCAUCGUGUUAUGCCCGCGGCGGCUGGUGGAGGUAGCGAGCUACUCCACCCUCAUCCGCCCCGCGGACCUCGGCGUCAUCUCCACCGCCUCCGUCCGAUGCAACGGCAUCACCAGGGACGCCGUCGCCACCGCGCCGUACUUCCGAGACGUCGCCGACAACGUCUUCAACGUCCUCCAUGGACGGGUGUGGGCUGGGCACAACAUUCUGAGGUUCGAUUGCCCUCGCAUAAGGGAGGCGUUCUCAGAGAUCGGGCGGCCUGCUCCCGAGCCCAGAGGCAUAAUUGAUACCUUGCCUUUGCUCACGAAGAAUUUCGGGAGAAGGGCUGGCGACAUGAAGAUGGCUAGUUUGGCGUCUUACUUUGGUCUCGGAAAACAGACACACAGGAGCUUAGAUGAUGUUCGAAUGAACCUAGAAGUGUUCAAGUAUUGUGCUACCGUUCUUUUCUUGGAGGCGAGUCUCCCAGAUGUGUUUUCUAUGGCCAGUUUGGAGUACAAUCACACAGCAUCCGGAACUGAGGCUAAUGGCCGUACUUCUGCUGAUCAAAGUCCAAACUCUUCUGUUGUUCCAUUCAGCAGGAAACAAAAAUCAGACUUGAGCCAGGUUAUAUUGGAGCCCAAUGAUAGAGCUGGAUCCAGUAUGCCGAUAUCAAAAGGGGUUCCUUCUGACUUGGCGUCACAUAUGGAGCAGAUGAAAAUAGAUUCCUUGCAGACAGAACCAGCAUGUAACUCUGAGAUGCCCUGUGCCACAACUCCCGCAUCUGAAAGUUCCAGUAGUCAUGCUGGAUUUUUGAAGCCUGAUGAAGUGUUGCCACAGCAGAUCAGUGCACCCGUGAUCCAAGGUAGUCGCAAGACAAUCCUACUUCACAGAGAUUGCCCUUUGCAGCUUUGUUGUAUGGGAAUGAGGAUCCAUUUUGGGGUCAGUUCUAAAUUUAUGGACUAUGCCGGACGGCCAAAACUUAGUAUUGUGGUUGAUGCUCCAGAGAACUUGUGCAAGGUUUUGGAUGUCUGUGACCAAGUUGCUCAAAUAUCAUCUGAAAAUUCUGGUAGCAACUCUGAAUGGCGAACUCUGCUAAAGAGGAAUGACUACUCAAAUACUUUUACCAUUCGCCUGCACAUCCCUACCGUGGCAAAUGGUGAUGGAGCUGUUUCCUCGACGGACAUAUACCAGAAGGACCCUCGUGGGAACAUGCAGAAGCUUGAGUUGAGUAAAUUGGAUGCUGCUGAGCUCGAUCAAAUAUUUCUUUCAGGAACUGCUGUAGAUGCUUGUUUCUCCACAGACAUCUAUGAUUACCAACAGAAUGCUGGUAUAAGAUUGGUGGCCAGAAGACUGGUUGUCAAUUCCAGAUAGGAAGAGCUUGAUAUAAGGUAUAUGGUAGAAUCUGCUCACCAUUAACAUGUGAUGUAGAAACAUUAUGCAUAACAUGUGAGUGUAAUUGUUCAGUUAUUAUUUGAUUUAUCCUGAUGCUCAAUAAUAUUUGUUGAUCA